AUGGGUGAGAAAUCAAGUGAAAUUGCUAGUGAUGCGGUGAAGAUAGCUGUAACUCAUGAAAAAUUGAUUAAGAGAAUGGAAAGAUUGAAAUUUCAUAUUGAACCAGAUUUUGUUUAUGUUGACGGCACUGAAGAAUUGAUAAAUGUUCAUGAAAUUACCAAUGAAAAUUUAUUUCCAAUUAUUUUUCGAGUUAAAGUGACACAUCCAUCUGAUUUCCGAGUAAAUCCAACUGGCGGUAUUAUCGAUGCUAAACAAACUUUAAUGCUUAAGAUAAAACGUCUUAAAAAUAAACCUCGAAGUGAUCGUUUUGAUCUUGAAGCACUACCAUAUAUUGCUGAACUGGUACAAAUAGACAAACAUGAAGCACGAAUGUCAUUACACUAUCGAAUAGAGCAGUUUUUCAGCUUCGGAUACGUACCUAUCAUAUAUUCAAUUAGAUAUAAACAAGCUGAACCAUGGGAUGUCAUAUUUCCUGCAUUGGACGAUCCUGAUAAUCUCAAAAUUUCACCACGUCUUUCGCAAAUUUGCAAGGAAACUGGAAUAACAUCUGAAGAAAAAGGACAUUUAACUUUGAAUGAAUUUGUUAUAUUGGAUGCAGCAAUAACUCGAGAUAAAACAGAAUCAAUCGCCUGA